AUGACAGCUUCCCAAAUGGUAUAUGGGGUUCCUAUGAUCAGUUUUGCAGGGGAUGGAUUCUGUGUGCCUUACUCUGUGGAGUUCAUUCUCGAGAAGAAGCAACAUGGUUUCUCUGAUGUACACUAUGAAGUAUCAGAUGUCAAUAAAAAAGUUUUCCUCCAAUCAGACGGCUCCUACAUGACCCUUUACAGGAAAAGGGUCAUGCGCAACUCUACUGGCUUUCCUAUCCUCACAAUUCGUGAAAAGGUGAAUCACAACUCAACAAGGGGAAGCUUCUGUCAGGGUAGAAAAGAGAACUUCGGGGUCAAAGUUCAUUCAGGAGUGGAUUAUGCAUUCAUUCUAGCAUUGAUCAUUACCCUUUUGGAGUGAGAGUGACUUGAUGUUA